GAGCUCACUGCGUUACUGCUGCUGCUGCACGCCAGCGGUGCUCUGCUCUCUCCAGCCGCCGCUGCUGCACACCGGGGCCCAUCAUUCCCUCCAGCUUGUCGAUUGUCAGCACCUGUUUGGACAAGGUCGCAGGCGACACGUCCAUCUCCGACUGUAAGAAUUAAUGUGCCUGAGAGUCUAACGCUCCUGCAUCAAUGGCUGCCUCAGGCUCCACCCCUAGUGCCUCCAUCACUGCAACUGUGCCUGACGGUUUCCAUUAUGAAACCAAAUAUAUUGUUCUAAACUACCUGGGGAUGCCACCUGUUGAUAGAUUGCAGACAGCAAGAAAAGAUCAAGGAGAUGUUCAGUAUGAGAAGGAGAAGACCAGAAUGAUAAAAAAUCAGAUAGAGGAAGAGCUGAGACAAUUGGAAGAUGAACUUUCUGCCACCGUUGCCAGCACAGGCUUUGACCACCAUAUAUCACCAGUGUUCCAUCCAACAAAUCCAGCUCACUCUAUUGAAGACUGCCUUGCUGUGGUCGGAGACAAAGUAGCCCAAGAGCUUGGCACGCAGCUGGCAGCAGCCAUACAAACCCUUCUCACAGGACCUCUGGACUACCAGAGAUUUAGAAGCACAGCGCUGGAUCUUUCAUCACACACUCUGGGAGGCUGGAGCAAGGUGCUUGUGCCUUUGGUGCUACUACAGGCUUUACAAAGUGAAGACCAGCCUUUGACAACUCUCUUACAUCUGGGACUGCGCUGCUUGGAGGAGGACGAGGCUGACUUCAUCAUGCAGCAAGGAGGAUGGGGACAAAUAUUCAGCCUACUGCCAGAGGAAGAGCACUGUGUGACCAUUGCUGAAGACAGCAACGACAUUUACAUCCUCUCAGGGGAGCAGCAUUCUGAGCACCUCAGCCCUCCCUUAUCGCUGCUCUGCACGGGCGACGGCAGCGAGCAGAGCUCCUGGCAGACGGAAAGCUUACCUGUCUCCCUGGCUGGUCACGAGUCUUGGGCGCAAGUUGGUGCAAUGGACCCUGAAGACAUCAAAAGCCUGGACAGCAAUGAAGGUGUGGCUCUGGCCGAAGAACGCAGUGAAAACAACUCCUCAAACUCCGAUAUUGUCCAUGUUGAGCGUGAGGAGGCCGAGCUUCUGGACGAGGGGGGAGAAGGUGGAGCGAUAGACGAAAGCAUGAUGAGUGUUUUAGGUACAGAGAGUGACCUGGCUGACCUCAGGGCGGAAUUUGGGGACCAAACUUCGGCUCCUCCGUCAACCAGGGAAGACUCCACACCCCCUGUUUCCCUUUUUUCACUAGAGGAAGCAGUAGUGAUCGAUACGCCUGCGAGCUCGUCUGCAGAACCAUCCCUCAUCUCCUCGGAACCAGAGCUGCUUCCCCCCGCCCCAGUAACUGACCUUCCCACUCACGCUGAGGCUGAACCCGCAGCAUCCGUGCCUGUUCCUGCAGUAGAACCAGAACCUGAGCCCGAACCCGCUGCUGCUGCCACUGCCCCAGUGCCUGCUGAGGUGACGCCACCAGCUCUUACAAAGGAAAUCCCAUCAGCACCAGCAGAGCCUGAAGCCGUACUGGAACCAGUUACUGAACCUAAGGAUGAGUCGGAGCCCAUCACCGUGCCUCAACAUCCAAAAGCUGAGGCUGUGGCAGAGCAAGAUGCCAGUGUGACUGUACCUCUAGCCUCGGAGACCCCAGUGGCCCCCGAAGAGGUCCCAGCGAAAGAGGCCCCUGUGGAAAUACUACUUGAGGAGGCCCAGGUGGCUGCUGUGGAAGCCCCGGCUGAGGAGGCCCCUGUAUCCCCUGGGGAAGCCCCAGCUGAGGAGGUCCAUGUGGCCCCUGUGGAAACCCCAGCUGAAGAGGCCCCCGUAAAGCCAGAGCCGGCAGCAGAGCUAUCAGUGUUGUUUUACGGAGGGGCUGCCCUGGUGCUCCUUGUUGCUGUGGCAUACGCUGUCAUAAGGCUCAGGAAAAGAUAGAAGAUAAUAUCCUGGGAGGAAAAUGCUAAUUGUAAAGGUACCGCGGUAUGAAUAAAUGUGAUAAGUACAUGAUGAGACUCACGUUACAGAUUGUACUGGAGUUAUUAUUACUUUUGUUGUAAUUCUGAAGGUUGAAACUGAAAGUUCUCCCCACCUUGUCUGAAGAAAACGAAACAAAAAAAUGUUACUGCUGAGUCAUAGCUGCUUCAUUCCAACGGGCGAAAACACACACAUGAUUCUACACUCCCUCUACUUCAGGUUUUUUUUUGUUUAGUCUCUGGGUUCACUGUGACUCCAACCUUGUAUUUCAAGGAAUGUGUUUGCUGGUGUGUGGACAUGCAUCUUACUGCUGAUAGUUUUGGUUUCUGUUGUAGGUUUACCAUCUAAAUUGUUUCUGUACUGUUGGAAUCACAACUUCAUGGAAAAUCCAUGUGCUCUUCCUCUAGAUGACGCAAACCUCAAUGUCUGCAUUUCGUGUUGCUCUGUCACUUUUAUUGAUUUUCUUGUUCUUCCUCUUUCUAUGCACCAAAGUGGAAUUUAGAUUUCCCUUAUACCAGAAUUGUAACUCUUAAAUCAAAUGAGUAAAGUAGAAAUGUAAUAAUUUAGAUUUUUGUGUCACUGUUCAAUCACAAGACAUAGAGCUAAAGGGCUUGAGGCAUGUAUUUACUUAUGUUUUUAUUUUUGGAGUUAAAAUAUUAAAGAUCUUUCCCAGGGA